UGUCAAUGUCAAAAUCAGGAUAUUUGAAAACCAAGUGAAAUCCAAAAUUUAACUAAUCUUGUAUUUACAAGCACUUUGAUCCUUCCAAAUCUACUAAAGUAAAGUGAUGCUCAUGGUUAGAUUUGUAUAACAAUACAAAAAAAUGGUAUACAAACGAGGCCCCUAUAAAAAGCACAGCAACUUGAAGCUGUACUGCUUCCUUUUGGUAGCUGCUGUGCUGAUAUGUACGGUGUAUUUCAUCUGGAAGCAACCUGCAGACAAUGUCAUUGAAAAAUCUGCAUUGGAAAGAGGCAGUUUUAUGCCUCAAGAAUUCAUUCCGAAGACUGAACCCAACAAUAAACCACAUCCAAUUGUUAGAGAGAAGAUUGUGCAUUUGGAUUUGAAAGGAGCACCACCAAAGGUUUUCUAUUAUGACCAUUUCUUCAAUUUGAUAUCAAAAUUAGGAGCAACAGGUGUUUUGGUUGAAUAUGAAGAUAUGUUUCCAUACCAAGAUGAGUUAACAAACAUAUCGGCUUUGAAUGCAUAUUCCUUGAGUGAGAUACAGACCAUCAAUGACUUGGCAGCAAAAUACAGUCUGAAAAUUAUACCUCUGAUACAGACAUUUGGACAUAUGGAGUUUAUCUUGAAGCUAGCCGAUUACAAGAAAUUCCGCGAAGAACCCUCAACGCCCCAGACAAUAUGUCCCACCUUCAGUGAAACUUUGCACUUGAUUGAAACUAUGGUGAAACAAAUCAUUAUGGCACAUCCAAAAUCGGAGACGGUACACAUUGGAGCUGACGAAGUAUACUAUUUAGGAAACUGUAACAGAUGCAAAGACUUUAUGCGUGAAAAAAACUUCUCCAAAAAUGAACUUUACCUAGAACACGUGAACAGUGUUGCAAAGAUUAUCAAUAAGGUGAAACCAGACAUGAGAAUCCUGAUGUGGGAUGAUGAGUUAAGGACGUUCAGUAGCACAGAUUUAAGGAGUCCUCACACAGUUUUGAACAAACAACUAGAGCCAGUCGUGUGGAAGUACUCGAGGGAGGUUUAUGACGAACUUGGACCUGGAUUGUGGGUCGAUUAUGCGGGAAUAUUUGAUAAAGUUUGGGCUGCCAGCGCUUUCAAGGGAGCUACUGGUAGCAGCGAAAUCGUGUCCCAAGUGACCCACUAUCUUCAGAACAACCGGGGUUGGCUGAGUUUGAUCAAAGAACACGAACAUAGAGUGCACUUCGCAGGAAUCAUCAUCACCGGUUGGCAACGUUACGAUCACUUUUCUGUCCUUUGCGAAUUGCUGCCCGUCGGUGUUCCCACAUUGGCGAUGGUUUUGAGACUCGUAUCGGGUAUUGACGAUUCUCCGAUGACUCCGCCGUUAGAAGUGGCGAGAUUGUUGAAUUGUUCGCAGCCGUAUGGUUUAAUUGGUUCUGCAUUUGGCAGCCCGCGUUGCUCGUAUCUUGGCGGAAAUCUGCUAGAAUCAGCUUUGGCAUUGAAUCAAUUGAAACAAGAGUUGACAUCGUUGAAGGAAGAUUCUAGAGUGAAAGGGUGGAUGAACUCGGGGUAUAACGUCAAGUAUCAGUUUUCAAAUGUACGACAUAUGGAAGCUAUCAAAGCUGUGCUGAUGAGGUUGCAGGCCGAGUUGAAUGAUUUGCAGGUAGAAAUUGGUACAUCACUCUCCGAAAUCUAUGACGAACAUACAGUCAAGGAGUGGCAGAGUACGCACGUUCAACCUUUUGCGAAGGAAGUUGAAACUCUCUUGGCAACUUGUGACAAACUAUUGGCUAAGGAUACUUGGCCUAGGAGACCACUGGAUAGAGAUGAACUGUGAUUAGUUGUUUUUACAUUGCCUAAAUUUGUUAAGCGCUCUCUACAAAAUAACUCGAAUGGCUUACUGGUCGAACUUACCUGACGGACUUAUCCUUCGAUCUUACCCGACAGACUUGCCUAAGAAAAUUACCCGAUGGAUUUGCCCUACGGGAAUACUCGACAGACUUGAGCGUCGAGCUUACUCAAGAGACUUACCAGACGGACUUACUCGACGUGAUGUUCUGACAGACUUAUCCGACCAGCUUCCCGAUGGACUUGCCCGACGGGAAUACUCGACAGACUUACUCCACUCAUCCGACAAGCUUACCUGAUAUACUUGCCUAAGGACAGAUGGACUUGCCCGAUGGGAAUAGUCGACUGAAUUGAUCGUCGAGCUUACUCAGCAGACUUACCCGAUGGACUUACUCGACGUGAUGUUCUGACAGACUUAUCCGAAAAACUUAUCGGAUAGACUUGUCCGACGGGAAUACUCGCAGAGUUGAUGGUCGAACUUACUCAACAGACUUACCCGACGGACUUACUCUACUCAUCCGACAAGCUUACCCGAUAUACUUGCCUAAGGACAACACCUGAUGGAUUUGCCCAAUGGGAAUAGUCGACCGAAUUGAUCGUCGAGCUUACUCAGUAGACUUACCCGAUGGACUUACUCGACGUGAUUUUCUGACACACUCAUCCGACAAGCUUACCCGAUAGACUUACCUAAGGAAAUUACCCGAUGGGAAUAGUAGAGCAACUUGAUCGUCGAGCUCACUCAACAGACUUACCCGACUGACUUUCUCGACGUCAUUUUUUGACACACUCAUCCGACAAGUUUACCCAACAGACUUACAUAAGGGAAUUACCCGAUGGGAAUAGCCGACUUGAUCGUUGAGUUUACUCAACAGACUUACCCGACGUGAUUUUCUGACACACUCAUCCGACAAGCAGACCCGAUAGACUUACCUAAGGAAAUUCCCGAUGGACUUGCCCUAUGGGAAUAAUCAAGCGACUUGAUCGUCAAGCUUACUCAACAGACUUACCGGUGUGACUUACUCGACGUGAUUUUUCGGCGGACUCAUCCGACAAGCUUACCCGAUGUACUUGCCUAAGGAAACUACCCGAAGGACUUGCCCGAUGGGAAUAGUCGACCAACUUGAUCGUCGAGCUUACUCAGCCGACUUACCACAAAGACUCAUCCGACGUAGAUUUUCUGACACACUCAUCCAACAAGCUUACCCGAUUACUUGCCUAUAAAAAUUACCCGAUGGAUUUGCGCGACGGGAAUACUCGACAGACUUGAUGGACGAACUUACUCAACAGACUUACCCGACGGAGUUACUCCACUCAUCCGACAAGCUUACCCGAUAUACUUGCCUAAGGAAACUACCCGAAAGACUUGCCCGAUGGGAAUAGUCGACCAACUUGAUCGUCGAGCUUACCCGACAGACUCAUCCGACGUAGAUUUUCUGACACACUCAUCCAACAAGCUUACCCGAUUACUUGCCUAUAAAAAUUACCCGAUGGAUUUGCGCGACGGGAAUACUCGACAGACUUGAUCGCCGAGCUCACUCAACAGACUUACUCGACGCGAUUUUCUGGCAGACGUAUUCUACAAGCGUACCUGAUAGACUUGCUUAAGAAAAUUACCCGAUGGACUUGCCCGACGGACUUACUCGAUAACCGACCUGCUUUCCUAACAGUCUUAUACGUCAAGCUUACCUGACAACCUUAAUCCUAGAGUUUCACGAUGAGCUUGCCAUACGGACUUACCCGACAGGUUUAUCCGACGGACUUACAUAGUGGCGGAGGUUGAUAUUAAUCCCUUAUGAAGUGGUACCAGUGAUUCAAUUUUAAUAAUAUUUUACGAUGAUAUUUGUUUGCUACGAUCAGAUCAGUUUUUAACAAUAAUACGCCUAAGAUCGAGGUCUGUUAAAAAUUGUAAUAACCUUACCAUCGAGAAAUUGCACCAAGAGAGUACAUUAUUGUAAUUAUUUACAAGAGUUUCCGUUAUAUUCGUCUUAUAUAAUAUAUACGUGGCGUGUACGCUUUUAAAAAUCUCUUAACACAACUGAAGAUCUCAGUUUGUCGGGUAGUAAGCGAUGCAUAUGUUUAAUAAAAAAAAAAUCUAGAAUCAUAGAAUAUAACUUGAACAAUCGUUAAAGGACCAGAUUUUAAAAUUACACAUACUUGAGUACAAAAACUGUAGGAAUUGAAUAUUUCAGUAAAUACUUCUCCGUUUGAUAAAAAGCCAAGCAAUAAAUUGACUACUUAUAUUAAACAGUGUUCGAAUUUAAAAAUGUUUAAGGUAAAUACCCAAAAUUCAUAGUGAUGUAAUUUUACUAGACAAGAAUGUAAAAUUACAGAAAAUUGUAUCAAAAUUAUACUUCUACCUAGUUCGAAUUCUUUAGCCAAAAAGUAGCAUUUGAGUAGGGACUAGUGUCCAACACUUCUUUUUACAGAUCUGAAUGAAGUAUAUCCUUUUUGCAUAGAUUCAUCUAUCUCUUGAAUUAUGAUGUGAUAUGAACAUGACAUUGGAAAAUGUGUGAUACAAAUUAUCAUGAUUUAGAAGUAGGAGCAGUGUUGUGCUCGAAGCUUUUUAAAGUUAGAUCUUUCCUGACAUGCACUUCUAGGGAAAAAUUUGCUCAAAUAUAUUUAUUUUUGUAAACGACUGAGGUACAAUUUUAUGUAUAUUUUUAGUUUAUAGUUCCUUGUUUUGUUUAUAUAUCGAAGAAUAAAGAAGUUUGCAACAA